AUGGAAAUUCGAUCACGUAAAGAACCUGCUAUGGGGAUGACAAGGAAUCUUACGGAGGUGUUCACACUUCUUCGUACAAACGCUCAACAGAAUAAGUUCAUUUAUAUGAACAGUUCAAUGCCGAGUACGAAUCGGAGUAAGGAUAUUGCAGAAGAAAAAAUGAGCCUAGUGAGUCUUGAGGAAGGUGGCGAACAUUCGGAGGAUUCUUCAAAACAGCCAAUUUGGAUACACACUUGUGAUGAAGUGGAGUUUGAGUUUGGACGCGUGAGAAGCCGCUUGGAAGAAUUGGCUACCGCUCAGCAGAAGCACAUUUCGAGGCCGAAUUUUGGCGACGAAGCUUUUGAGGCGGAAGAACGCCAAAUGGAAAGUACAACUGAACAGAUCACUUCCAUGAUGUCUCAUUGUCAACGGCUUAUCAACAUGAUUUCUUCUCAAAGUUCACGAAACGAGAACACCUCCGAAAGAAAACUACGUGAGAACACGGUCUCGGCACUUAUCUUCACUCUAAGUCAGCUCACUAACGAUUUCCGAACGAGACAGUCCAAGUAUUUGAAGGACAUCAAGAAUCGCACCAGUAACGUGGACAGCUUUUUGCUAACCACUGGACAGUCGAAUGAUCUACAAUGGGGAGAAUUGGUGGAUGUGACGCCGUCACAUGAAUAUACAAUGGAUCAAAUACAGCAGAUGAUGAUGAACGAACAAACCGUGAAAGAACGGGAGAAAGAAGUUCUUGUUGUCAAUUCAUCUAUCAGAGAGCUUAACUCACUUUUUAAAGACUUAUCAUCGAUGGUUGUCGAUCAAGGAACGAUACUUGACAGGAUUGAUUACAAUGUUGAACAAGCAUCAAUUCGCGUUUCUCGAGCUGUGGACAGUGUUAAGAAGGCUGAGAAACAUCAACGUGGUGACAAGAAAAUGCACUGUAUUUUCUGUCAAACGGUUGCAAUCAUUGUUAUUCUCUUGCUUAUUGUGCUUACGAAGCUGUAG